GGCAAUGAGCAGGGCAGCUUUGAAUGAAGCGUUGCGAGAGAGGAAAGGAAGGACCCCUUUGCUCGCGCCGAAAUUUAAGUAAAGGACCGAGAAGAAGGAAGUUGCAAAACGGUGGCUGGUCAUUCAGGAAUUCGGGUGUUGCAAUCCCAUUGGUGUGCAAUCCCAUCAACCCUGAACAUUGGCUUUGCUGGUAGGAACUGAUGAGAGCUGUGGUCCAACAACAGCUCAAGGGUCAUAGGUUGGACAUAGUAUUGUUUCCUGCUUAAGGAUCCAGCAUUGCCAGUCACAGAUGCUUAAAAGUUGCAAGUAGGCUUACUUGGAAUUUCCAGGAACAUCAAUUGAAAUGUAUAUCAAAUCAAUUGUCCUUGAGGGGUUUAAGUCUUAUGCUCAAAGGACAGAAGUUAAUGACUUUGAUCCACUAUUCAAUGCCAUUACUGGCUUAAAUGGGAGUGGCAAGUCAAACAUCCUGGACUCCAUCUGUUUCUUAUUGGGCAUCACCAAUCUAUCACAGGUGCGAGCUUCCAACCUGCAAGAUCUUGUUUACAAAAAUGGCCAGGCUGGGAUUACUAAGGCUACAGUAUCAAUCACCUUUGAUAAUUUUGACAAGAAGCAGAGUCCCCUAGGAUUUGAGAAUCAUGAUGAGAUAACAGUCACAAGGCAGGUGGUGAUUGGAGGCAGGAAUAAGUAUCUAAUCAAUGGUGUGAACGCAAACAAUACUAGAGUACAGGAUCUCUUCUGCUCUGUUGGACUGAACGUCAAUAAUCCUCACUUUCUUAUUAUGCAGGGACGAAUUACCAAAGUUCUCAAUAUGAAGCCUCCAGAGAUUUUGGCUAUGAUUGAGGAAGCUGCUGGCACUAGGAUGUAUGAAUGCAAGAAAAUAGCUGCCCAGAAAACCAUUGAGAAAAAAGAGGCGAAGCUUAAAGAAAUUUGCACGAUUUUAGAGGAAGAAAUCACACCCACAUUGCAGAAGCUGAAAGAGGAGCGAUCUUCAUAUUUGGAAUACCAAAAGGUCAUGCGAGAGAUAGAUCAUCUGAGUCGCCUGUAUGUUGCGUAUCAAUUUGUGCUAGCUGAAGAAACCAAGACACAUGCUGCUGAUGUGCUAAAGGAAAUGGAAGGCGAUAUUGCAAAACUUCAGGAGGAGAUGACUGAGAAUGAGAAGAAAGUGAAGGAACUUGGCAUAGAAAUAGCCGAAAUGGAAAAGAAAAGGGAUAAAGAAUUUGGUGGGGUUCUUCAUUCGCUAGAAGACGCUUUUGCGGAAGCUCAGAGAAAGCAUACCAAAGGGCAAAGUACCCUUGACAUCAAAAAGCAAAACUUGCGAAGUGAAGAAAAAAAGCAUAAAGAGCUGGUUAAAUGCAUGGAAGAGGACUGUAAAGCUUUAGUCUCAAAGGAAGAGGAGGUAAAGAAGAUAACUGAUGCACUGAGUACUCUUCAGGAAGCAAAUAAGAAAGAGACGGAGGCUUUGGCUGCUGCACAGCAGCACUUCAGUGCUGUGUCUGCUGGUCUGUCCAGUAGUGAAGAUGGGGAAGAUGCUACUCUUGUUGGACAAAUGAUUGCUUGCAAGAAUGAUAUAAGCAAAGCAGAAACAGAAGCUAAACAAGCUCAGAUGAAGCUGAAACAUGCUCAACAAGAGCUAAAGACCAAACAAGCUGAAGUAAAAAAAAUGGAUACUAGCUACAAGAAGGAUCAAGAUGCUUUUGAAGCUGUUAAAAAGCAGAAAGUAAAACUAGAAAAUGAAAUGAAGAUGCUCAACUAUGAAGACAAAAAAGAAGAAACCCUUUUAGAAAAACAAAGGGAAUUGUCUCGUAUGGUUAACCACUUGAGGGAGUCCUAUGAAGUUUUAAUGAGCAAGUUCCCCAAUCUACGCUUUGAAUACAGGGAUCCAGAAAAAAAGUGGAAUCCAGACCAUGUGAAAGGGCUCGUGGCGUCUCUAAUUACUGUGAAAGAUGUCUCUACCGCAACUGCACUAGAAGUAGUUGCUGGGGGUCGGCUCUACAACGUUGUGGUAGAUACAGAGGUUACUGGGAAAAAACUGCUAGAAAAGGGUGAACUGAGGCGUCGCUACACCAUUAUUCCAUUGAACAAAAUCUCUGCGAGGUGUGUUGGUAAAGAACCUAUCGAAGUGGCCAAAACGUUGGUUGGUGAAGACAAUGUCCAUCUGGCUCUUAGUCUGGUGGGAUAUGAAUCUGAAAUUCAAAAGGCUAUGGAAUAUGUCUUUGGCGGCACGCUGGUUUGCAAUAACAUGGACAAUGCCAAGAGAGUUACAUUUGAUAAAAGGAUAAUGACAAAAACGGUCACACUUGGUGGAGAUACCUUUGAUCCUCAGGGUACAUUGAGUGGAGGUGCACGGUCACAAUCUGAGUCAGUUUUGUCCAAGCUUCAAGAAGUGAAAAAUGUUCAGGAGCAACUGAAAGCAAAGGAGGCUGAACUACAACUUAUAGGAAAAGAACUAGCAAGUCUACAGGGGACUGUUGAAAAGUAUCGUCAGCUGAAGCAGCAAUGGGAAAUUAAAUCUGAAGAAGCUGAGCUAUUGCAAACCAAGCUGCAGCAAAGUUCCUAUUACAGACACCAGGAAGAACUGAAUACACUGAAAAGUACAAUUGAGGAAAGUGAGGAGACCUUGAAGAAAACAAAAGAAGUUCAGAAGAAAGCAGAGGAAAAACUCAAAGUCUUGGAAAACAAAAUGAAAAAUGCUGACGCAGAAAGGGAAAAAGAAUUGAAAAGUGCCCAGCAGAAGCUAGAUGGGGCCAAAAAAAAGGCUGAUGCUUCCAGCAAAAAGAUGAAAGAAAAGGAGCAGGAGGCUGAAGCACUAGUGUUGGAACUUGAAGUGCUAAAACAGGAACAAAAUUCUUAUAAACAACAGACUGAGGCUGUGAAUGAAGCUAUAAAAUCAUUCCAAGAGCAGAUUGAGGUUAUUUCAGCCGAGGUAGCAAAGAACAAGGAAUCUGUAAAGAACGCUCAAGAGGAACUGACUAAGCAAAAAGCAGUGGUGAUGGCCCAAGAUAAAGAAAUUAAAGCCAAAUCUGCAGAGGCUGUAAAACAUAAAGAACAAAAUAACAAAUCACAACUUAAAAUUAAAGAGCUAGAACACAAUAUCAGCAAACACAAGCGGGAGGCUUCUGAUGCUUCUGCAAAGGUUGCCAAAAUGCUGAAUGACUAUGAAUGGAUAGCUUCAGAGAAGCACCUUUUUGGCCAGCCAAACACAGCUUAUGAUUUCAAAACUAACAGUCCAAAAGAAGCAGGCCAAAGGCUGAAGAUACUGCAGGAAAAGAAAGAGAAGCUGGGCAGGAAUGUCAAUAUGAGAGCUAUGAACAUGCUUUCAGAGGCUGAAGAAAGAUACAAUGAUUUGAUGAAGAAGAAAAGAAUUGUUGAGAAUGACAAGUGUAAAAUUCUUGCAACAAUUGUGGAGCUUGACCAAAAGAAAAAUGAAGCUUUAAAUAUUGCCUGGCAAAAGGUAAACAAAGACUUUGGCUCAAUUUUCUCAAUGCUUCUGCCAGGGGCCAAUGCUAUGCUGUCUCCUCCGGAAGGUCAAACUGUCCUAGAUGGUCUGGAGUUCAAAGUUGCACUGGGAAACACCUGGAAGGAAAACUUAACUGAAUUAAGUGGGGGCCAAAGGUCUCUUGUGGCUUUGUCUUUGAUCUUAGCCAUGCUUCUCUUCAAGCCUGCUCCAAUUUACAUCCUGGAUGAGGUAGAUGCAGCCCUUGAUCUAUCACACACCCAGAAUAUUGGGCAGAUGCUUCGGACGCACUUCAGACAUUCCCAAUUCAUUGUGGUAUCACUGAAGGAUGGCAUGUUCAACAAUGCAAAUGUGCUGUACAAAACUAAGUUUGUAGAUGGUGUUUCUACUGUGGCACGAUAUACUCAGGCUCAGAAUGGAAACAGUGGGGCAGCACAGCCAAGAGCUGAAAAAACUAAAAUGAAGGAAAAGAGGCAAAGAACAUAGGUAGAUGCUUGAAAAGCAUACUUCUACUGCACCCACAAUAGUCUGGAUAAUCUUUUUAAAUUUGAAACUAUAGACCAUUAUAUGCCUUACACUAAGUAGUGAUAUUUCAUAUUUCUUCUUAGAUGACGAUUAGGCUACUUAAACUUUCUGCAGCUCUCAGACUGAGUCUUGUUCCAUUUUAUUGAUAUAUACACACAUACAUUAUCCUGGCAGUCCAUCAAGGCAGCUAAAAAUUCAGUAAAAUAAAACUUGUAAUACAUAAUUAGAUUAAAAAUACUUUACAUUCAAA